CGGGCGAGAAAGCGUCCCCGGCUGCACCCUGCAGCGCGGGGAUCCCACCCGUCUGACUCGCCGCAGCGCCAGCUCCCGAGAUGCGCCCUCACUUGCUCCUGCUGCUCGUGCUGUGCCAGGCGGGCCACAUUGCCUGGGCGUGCAGCUACAGCUUGCGGGGAAGCUGGCGGAUCCGCAACGCGAACGGCUCGCUAGAGCUGCCCGGGACCGUCCCCGGCUGCGUGCACAGCGCCUUGUUCCAGCAGGGCCUGAUCCAGGAUCCUUACUACAGAUUUAAUGACCUUAACUACAGAUGGAUCUCUUUGGAUAACUGGACCUAUAGCAAGGAAUUUAAAAUCCCCUUUGACCAUAGCAAAUGGCAAAAAGUAAUUCUGAUUUUUGAGGGGAUUGAUACGGUUACAAAAAUCUUGCUCAAUAAUGUCACUCUUGGGAAAACAGACAACAUGUUCAAUAGAUAUAGCUUUGAUAUCACUGGCGUGGUCAGAGACGUGAACUCCAUUGAGCUGCGUUUCCAGUCAGCAGUGUUGUAUGCAGCAGAGCAGAGCAAAGCUCACACUGGCUACCAGGUGCCCCCAAACUGCCCUCCACUCGUGCAGAAGGGCGAAUGCCACGUCAACUUUAUUCGAAAGGAGCAAUGUUCCUUUAGUUGGGACUGGGGACCUUCGUUUCCUACCCAGGGAAUCUGGAAAGAUGUUAGAAUUGAAGCCUAUAAUAUUUGUCAUCUGAACUACUUCACAUUUUCCCCUACAUAUGAUAGCACUUCCCACGAGUGGAACCUUGAAAUACAAUCUUCUUUUGAUGUUGUCAGCUCAAAGCCAGUUGGUGGUCAAGUGGUUGUAGCCAUUCCUAAAUUGCAAACACAGCGGACAUACAGCAUUGAACUUCAACCUGGGGAAAGGAUUGUUGAGCUACUUGUGAAAAUUGACAAGAAUAUUUCUGUGGAAAACUGGUGGCCUCACGGACAUGGAAAUCAGAUGGGGUACAACAUGACAAUUCUUUUUAAACUGGACGGAGACCUGAAUAUUGAAAAAUCAGCUAAAGUUUAUUUUAGGACAGUGGAACUUAUAGAGGAACCUAUAGAAGGGUCUUCUGGUCUGAGCUUCUACUUCAAAAUUAAUGGGUUUCCCAUAUUUCUGAAAGGCUCAAAUUGGAUCCCAGCAGAUUCAUUCCAGGAUCGAGUAACCUCUGACUUGUUACGACUCCUUUUGCAAUCUGCCGUGGAUGCUAACAUGAAUACUCUCCGGGUUUGGGGAGGAGGGAUUUAUGAGCAGGAUGAAUUCUAUGAACUCUGUGAUCAGCUAGGAAUAAUGAUAUGGCAGGAUUUCAUGUUUGCUUGUGCCCUUUAUCCAACUGAUCAGAGCUUCAUGGAUUCAGUGAGCGCAGAAGUUGCUUACCAGAUCAGGAGACUAAAAUCUCAUCCCUCUAUCAUCAUAUGGAGCGGCAAUAAUGAAAAUGAAGCAGCACUGAUGAUGAAUUGGUAUGGUAUACCUCCCAGCGACUACCCAACGUACAUCAAAGAUUAUGUGAUGUUGUAUGUGAAAAACAUCAGAGAGGUCGUCCUGGCAGAAGACAGUACUCGUCCCUUUAUCGCAUCCAGUCCUACAAAUGGGGCUGAAUCUGUUGCAGAAGGCUGGGUCUCUCACUACCCUCAUGACACGCAUUUUGGUGAUGUACAUUAUUACAGCUAUAGCAGUGAUUGCUGGAAUUGGGAACUUUUCCCUAAAGCUCGAUUUGUAUCUGAAUAUGGAUAUCAGUCCUGGCCUUCCUUCAGUACACUAGAAAAGGUCUCAUCUAAAGAGGACUGGUCUUUCAGGAGCAAAUUUUCACUUCAUCGACAACACCAUGAACAUGGUAACACUGAAAUGCUUUAUCAGGCUGGUCUUCAUUUCAGACUCCCCCAAAGCACAGAUCCAUUACGUACGUUCAGAGAUACUAUCUACCUUACUCAGGUGGUGCAGGCCCAAUGUGUCAAAAUAGAAACUGAAUUCUACCGGCGCAGUCGAAGCGAGAUAGUGAAUGGAGAAGGACACACCAUGGGAGCACUUUAUUGGCAGUUGAAUGACAUCUGGCAGGCACCAUCCUGGGCUUCUCUAGAAUAUGGAGGAAAGUGGAAAAUGCUUCAUUACUUUGCUCAGCAUUUCUUUGCUGCACUGUUGCCAGUGGGCUUUGAAGAUAACAAUGUGUUUUAUGUCUAUGGUGUGUCAGAUCUUCACUCAGACUGCAGGUUGACGCUUACGGUUAGAGUCCACAUGUGGAGUUCCUUGAAGCCUGUAUGUUCUCGCGUGACUAAACAUUUUGUGAUUAAACCUGGGGAGGCCAUUCUCAUCUAUAAAAAACCGGUGCCUUCGUUGCUGAGGAGGUGUUCAAAUUGUACUCGGCAAAGCUGUGUGGUUUCCUUUUACCUUUCAACUGAUAGCAAACCCUUGGGCCCAACCAACUAUCACUUCCUAUCCUCACUGAGGGAGGCUGUGGGGCUCCAAAAGGCACAUAUCACAGCCCUCAUCUCUCAGCAAGGUGACACCUUUGUUUUUGAUCUGGAAACCUCAGCUGUUGCUCCCUUUGUCUGGUUGGAUGUGGGGAGCAUCCCAGGGAGAUUUAGUGACAAUGGUUUCCUUAUGGCUGAGAAGACACGAACUAUAUUAUUUUACCCUUGGAAAGCCACCAGCAAGAGUGAAUUGGAACAAUCUUUUCAUGUGACUUCCCUGACUGAUAUUUACUGAGGGAAUCCCGGUUGUAUUUUCAGUAGACACUAGAAAUAAAGCAUUUCUAAAGCACUGGCCGGAGAUGAAGGCAACCAGAGAGAACUUGAAGAAGCCCAGAGAUGUGUCCGAUUAAUUAAUCACCCUGUGACGAGUUUGUACAAUGAAUACUUUCAGGGAAGACUGUUUACUUAGGUGAUGUCUUCAGACGAGGCUGUGCCUAGGUAUUCUUGAACCUGAGCCAGGAUUCCAUUUUUAGCCCUUUACUUCACAGCUAUAGUACCACAUGAACCAAUUACGAGACGGCCUCUUCCUACCCAGAAAAGGAAGUCCACACUCAUCACCCUCUCAGGGAGUCACAAGAAUGUUACCAUUGCAAUAUCUGUGGGUCCAAAUGUAGAAGGUUUUGACAUUCUGUAGGUUUCCCCUUGUUAGUUUUGAGAAAUAAAGAAUAAUGCAAAUGAA